CGGGGGACAGUGCCUGUGGUCUCCUUGGUCACGUUGGCGAGUAUUGCUGAAGCUUCUGUAUGGUGUAGUGGUGCCAGCAGUGAUCAUAUACUUACUACGGCGAUCAGACCAAUCUCUUCCACGACACGCUCGCUACUCUUCUCAAGAACCGUACCUUCGGCGUAUGCAGACGUCCAUACAGACACCAGCAAUAGCAAGGUCUGUUAUUGAAGCAAGGAAAAGAUACUGGAAGGAAGGAUCUGGAGUCCAGCCUUACCAAAGAUGCUCUAGGGACGAUUUGGACAGAACAAAAAGAGAUUAUAUUGAGAGCACGCCAACAAACAACGACAGAGACAAAGACUGCUAUAAAGACAGGAGCAGUCCCGAAUUUCUAUCCUCUUCAUCCAAGAAUCAGUGUCGUCUACAUCGGGAUCAGGAGCAACAGGAAUCUAGCAACGCCAUGGUGCAGCAAGUGUCCUAUGAUCAAUUCAUCCUCUUUGGAGACUCCAUCACACAGUAUUCAUUUGAUGUGAAUCAGCGAGGAUAUGGUUCUCAGCUCGCCCAUUUAUUUCAGCGACGACUUGAUGUUAUUAACCGUGGAUUUUCAGGAUAUACAAGCGAGCAGGCUAUCCAUCUCCUGCCCCAAUUCCUUCCUCGACCAAAUGAUCAGCAACAGCAACUAGGAAAACAGGAGCAGGAACAGGGGCAAGAGCAGGCCCCCCAGCUCCCCACGCGCCUACAAUUAUCCUCAUCACUAUCACCAUCAUCAAAAGUUCAAUUCUUGAGUAUAUUUUUCGGUGCGAACGAUGCAUGUCUCCCUCCAUCACCUCAGCACGUAGAUUUGGAGCGAUAUGAGCAAAAUCUUCGUAGCCUGAUCGAUAUGGUCCAUGAUCCCAGAUCCUUAACUUACUCACCUGAAACACGUGUCAUCAUAAUUUGUCCUCCUGUCAUUGACGAAGAGCGUUGGGCAAAGAGACGUCAAAAGCAAGGCAGGGCGAUGGAUCGGGAAAAGGGCGUGACCAAGAAAUAUGCAGCGACCUGCCUGAAAGUUGGACAGGAAUACCAAUGCAGGAACGACCAGCAAUCACCACCUCAGUAUCAUCAGGUCGAUGUCAUUGAUACCUGGAGCUUAAUGACUACACAGAUCGAAAGUGGUCAGCGGACACUGCAGGACUAUCUAAUAGAUGGGUUGCAUCUGGCUUCUGAAGGCAACAAUCUUAUUUUCGAGGAAAUUAUGAAGAUCAUACGAAGUCGUUAUCAGGAAUGGGAUCCAGAAGUUAUGCCAAUGCAUGCACCAUGGUGGGGCCAUCUGGAUUUGAAACAACCAGAGAUAGAUCUACUGAUCUGUGCCAAUAAGACAAAGAAGGAACUAUAAUACGGGACAACGCCAAACCAAGUG